AUGACGAACGAUAAUGAUUCUAUCCGUCGAGCAUCGCACGCGACGGCGUCGUCGUGGCGCGCGUUGAGCCGCGACGUCGUGGAAAUUGCGCCCGAUUUCAACGCGAGCGGUGAAGACAGUAGUGGGAAGACCCUGUGCGAGCGCUUGCAGGCGACGAGAGAGGAGACGCUUCUCAUGGAGGAGCACCCAGAGCUGAAGCGACAGAAGAAGUUGGCGGAGACGAACGAUGCAACGAAGGUGUGGGCGCUCAGGGCGGGACAGAGCACGGUGAACGCAACGGCGGCGCCUUUUUUAAAGUGGUGCGAGGAACACUUCCGAUACAUCGAUCGACGCGACGUCGAGGCAUUGACGCCUCGAGCGGAGCACUUGAUGGAGAACGAUGGAGAUUAUCUCAUCGGCGGGUUGGGGAGGCACUACAUUCACGGAUGGGACGAGGAGGACAAGGAGGAGGCGAAAAAGUCGAUGGAACGAAAGCGUCUCGCUGUGUUGAAUCGAGAGCAGGCGCCGGCGACGAAGAAGAGGACUCCGUCAAAUAAUCCGAAAUCAAAGGUGGUGGACAAGAAGUACGAGAUUACGCGAGUGUCCCCGUUGGAGAAGCCGGAAGAAAUCGAUGAGUACUGCGGGGUGUGUUUCGACGGAGACUCUUACGACGAUAAUCAAAUUCUUUUUUGCGACAAGUGUGAUAUUGCGGUGCACCAGGUGUGCUACGGUAUUCACAAGAUUCCUAAUGGAGAUUGGAAUUGUACCGCUUGUAGAAGUCGUGCGAAGAGGACCUGCUGUUUGUGCAGCGUGAGGGGUGGAGCGUUGAAACCAACAACCGACGGACGCUGGGCUCACCUUUUCUGCGCGCAGUGGAUUCCGGAGCUUUUCAUCGCCAACAUUGAAGCGAUGGAACCCAUCGAUGUUGGUCAUCUAUUGCAAGACCGUCAGGGCUUGACGUGUUCGAUUUGCAAGGAAACGGGCGUCGGCGCUUGUAUCCAGUGUGCGUACGGUGCUUGCUCGGUGCCGUUCCAUCCCAUGUGUGCUUUGAAGGCUGGUGUUCGUAUGGAAGUUCGAUCCACAGCGAAUUCAACGGAUUGUGACUACAUGUGUUACUGUGAGAAGCACGUGAAAGAAAUGGAAAAGAAAGCGCGAAGAUGUGCAAACGGUCAGACUUCGACGGCGACGACCCCGGCGCAGACGCCGAUGAAAGCGGAGGUGAAGGCUGAGGAGGAAGAGCCUGCCAAGGAAACUGCGCCUUCUCCGGCCAAACCGACGACGCCAAAAGAGGAAGUCAAGCCCACUUCACCUCAGAAAGAUGAGCCGAUGUCUACACCACGCGCUGAAGUUAUCGCUGUUCACCCCAUGAGAGAAUUGGGCGCGAAUGAGAUUCGCAAACUGAUCUCCAACUUGUUUGACAUCUCCACACUGACUGCUUCAGACAUUGAUGGUGUAGACAAGGCUGAUUUCGUGACGUGGCUUCGGGACGACGACGAUGCAUUGCGCAACAAGGAAAACUCGACGACGACUCCAUCGAAAAUAAUGCCAUCGAUGAAUCCGAACGAGAUCGCAGCGCGUGAGUGGCUUGCACGAAGAGCGAAAGUCGAGUUGUUAGCUCCCAUCAGAUUAGACGGAUCCACAGAUCAAAAAGUUAGCGAUAGUGCCAUGGAGGACGUGUCUAUUUCUCCCAGCGUGGCGAAGGUUGAGUCAAAGGACGAAGAGACAUACUUGUACCCGGCGAACGUGUGUCAUCCGAUCGAGCAACUCGCGGAGUAUACCCGCCUUACGCUUGAAACUGUUCGAGUUCCAGCUAUUCCGAAGACUCUCGAAGAAGUCAAUCCUGAGCAGUCCGGUCCGAACGGCAUUCCGCAAAGCAUGCGACCACCGAAAUGUCAAGUUUGUGUCAUUCGUAAGCAAGGUGUGUGCGGGACGGCGUCUGCUCCCCCGAGAUGUCUCAGAAGAAGGGAAAACAUGGAGAAGAUUCGCCAGGCUGAGCGCGCUGAGAUGGAGGCAAAACUUGCCCCGGGUGAACGUCUACCUGAUCCAAUCGAAAAAGUCAAGGCAGAGUUAGCUCGCAUCGAAAAGCAGACGGAUUUUCUGAGAUUAGCGCCGGACGAUGAAGUUGUGGCAGAGAUUUAUCGAGCUCAAACGGCGUUAGCUCGGACAUCGCUCAUUAACAGACACUUCAUUCAGAGGCUUCUGAGCGAGGUAAAGCAGGCGCUGCCAGAAGAGGGAAAACUUCAAGAGGAACAAGAAUUGGCCCUACGGGAUACGAGCAAGUACGAAGAGCGUUGGCGCGGUGGUCGAUGGCGUAUGGAGCGCCUCAAGGCAGAAGGGAAAGAAGAAGAGGCGCAGUUUGACGGCGGCGAGCUCGCUGGUGCAGAUAUGUGUGAUCCACUAGUAGAAUCUGGUGCCAUGGAGGACGCUCUUUGCUGCGUGUGUGCGGGUGGCGAAAGCGAGUAUCCGAACGAAAUCGUCUUCUGUGAGCGUUGCGAGAUGUGUGUGCACCAACAGUGCUACGGAGUUACAAAUAUUCCGGAGGGUGAAUGGUUGUGCUGGCCAUGCCACGAGACGGAGCGACUUGAGCGAGCAAACGGUCUGCCUGGUACUCGGCCUCCUCGUUACAUGCGUGAAGCUGGCGAUGGAGCGAUGUACGACCCGCGCGUACAGUGUAUGUUGUGUCCAGUAAAGCGUGGUGCGCUGAGAACCAUCGUAAAUCCGGCCACGCAGACGCCCAUGGCUGGUGAAAGAGCAACCUCGAGUCCGCAAGUGCGCUCUCAGACGGCGGCAAAGACGGCACCCGAUGGAAGAGCUGAGGUCGAAGCUGAUCCCCCGACACCGAGCACGCCCAAGACGCCCGCUCCGCAGACUCCAAAUCGCGGACGUAACCGCUGGUGUCACGUUGUUUGCGCGCAUUGGCAGCAAGGUAUGGAGACGGACCUUUAUCUCGAUGGACCGUCGGCCAUCACAGGCCUAGAAGAAAUCCGAACGCAAUUCAGAAACGCACGAUGCUCAGCCUGCCGACUUGAUGACGGCGCGUGUAUUCCGUGUUGUGCGAACGGUUGUCCGGUUGUGUUCCAUCCACUCUGUGCGCGACGUUGCGGCUGGCACAUGCUGCCGUAUCAGUCACCCGAGCCACUGGCGUUCUGCGCGCGGCACAGCGUCCAAGAACGGAACAAUCCAGGAUCAACUAUGCGAUCGAAGUACAGCGCCAACGCUAGUGGCGCACGUUUUGGUCAACGCGUUUCGAGCAAACGGAAGCGUACUCCGACGAUUGAGGAGAUGGAGAUGCUCAGGAGAGCGCGAGUCGGUUUGGAGACACUGCGCCUCUUGUGUGAUCGCGUGAUAAAGCGCGAGAAACUCAAACGCUUAGAGCUCGAGCAGCAUCACAAGUUGUGGCUCGCACAAAUACGCAGUGAUGCGAGCGGCCCCGUGUACAAUCUUGGGGAUGACACUCAAGCACAUGUGAAGAUUCCAGACGUUGCGAAGGAUAGAAAGUUGAUUUUCCUCACUGCCGAGGAGGCCAAGCGAUACGAAGAAGACCUCGUGACGCUCUUACCGCCCGACAUCAGGCUCAUUCAGGCCGCACCCAUCGAUCCGCCGUUUCGCGAGGAAGAAACGGACGCAUAG